AGCUGCUGGGGGUGUGGUUGCAAGGAUCUUGUUUCAGUGGCGCUGUUGCAGGAACGGAAUGGAUAUACAGGGUGUGGCUGAAAAUACAGCACGGUGUGAUUUAUGUCAGGGCGAUAUAAGGUUUCGUACCCCAGGCGAUUGGAUUUUGAGGGUUGUCAAAUGUGAUACCUGUGGAGAAUGCACGGCUGUUGGCCCCCCUCCUCCAAACAACUUGUUCACCAGAUGUCCCUACUGCAUGUAUUUACUGGUUGUCCCUGUUGGUGCAACUGUUGCUGUUUGUCCACGGAUUAGAUGUGGAAGACAAGUUCAACUCCCGCCUUAUACUAAAGAACCAGGGAAGCUUGUUCCGGUUAGUGGAGCAAGUAGCAGCAUCAUUCUAUUUACCAAUAAGGAAAUUGGCCAAGGAGGCUUUGGAACAGUUUAUGCAGGAAUUUUUGGGACUACCCAAUGCUGUGCUAAAGUUCUAAAUGUACCACCACAGUUAGAUGAGCAAGAGAUGGAGAAGUUUGCAUUGCCUACAUUUUCAGAGACUAUGCGUCCACUCUGUGCCCUAUCACAUUCCAAUCUCGUGAAGUACCUAGGAGUUACCUCUCACACCGUAUCUGAUCUCCCACUGAUUGCAAUGGAACUAGUAAAAGGAAACUUGUUCAAUUUUCUCGGACAUGUCUUGGAUCCUCUUCCACUACACGUUCAGCUCGACUUCUCUCAUGAUGUUGCACUGGCACUACGGUACCUGCAUGAACAGCAUAUUGUUCAUGGGAAUUUGUCCAGUGUGAGCGUAUUAUUAACCAGAGAAGGUCGGGUCAAAGUCUCUGACUACGAACUGUUCAGUAUCUACUCUUUCAUAUCGGUGGAGCAAAUUGAGCCCCUGAUGUUACCUUAUGUACCUCCAGAAGCAUUCUCUGUGCCGGCUGUGCAAUCAAAAUACACCGAUUGCUUCUCAUGGAGUGUGCUAGUCCUGCAGAUCAUAACUCAACUUUUUCCAAACCCUGGCCCCAUGGGUUAAGGAGGUAACUGAUCCUCGAACAGUGGGAAAACCAAUGCAAGUACCAGUGUCGGAAGUUAGCAGGAGGAAAAGUCACAUCGACCUUGUCGAGGACACAAACCCUCUCUUAUCAGUGCUUGUUUUGGGCCUGGAUGACAUUUGGGAGAAACGCCCACCAAUGAAAGAAGUUUCUGAAAUGGUUUCAACGAUUAGGCUUAGUGAAGAAUACAAGAUGAGCCGAAGUAAAGGCUCUAAUUGGUGUGAGAGACACAUGUAUGUGUUUGAUUAUGAGUUAGUGAAUAUUCUGGGAAAAUCUGAACCUGCUGAUGCUAGGAGUGAAUCACACAUGGUUGAUGGAGCAUGUGCUACCCUAAGUAAGCUAUCGCUGCAGAAUGACAGAGUAACUCCCGGUGAAGAGUUAAAGGACAGCGAGGUUGUUACUACUGACGAAAGAUAUGAAGGUGUUUCUUUUAGUGGUGGAAGUUUUCCUGAACACUCAGAAUCUGCAAAUGGACACCGACCUGCACCUCCACUCUACUCAGAAGUAUGUCCAUCUCUCGAUUUACCUUCAACUGAGGAUGCAGGUCCAUCUAAAGUUCCAAUCCCAUCUCCACCUCCCAUCUCAUCUCCUCCUCCUUGCACUCUGUUACCUGAGGAGCUGCCCCAGCAGUUGAGUUCCUCUUCAACAGCUGAACACGAGCAAACACUGUGUGACUUCCAGUGUGCAGCUUGUAAAUUUAAAACCAAGUUUACACUUCUAGUCGGGAAACGAGUUGGUCUAGUGAGGUGUUCGAAAUGCAAGGAGUGUACGCCGUUGGUACCUCCACAUGAUGGCAAAGUACAUGGGCGUUGUGCGUUCUGUAAAUGCCUAAUUCUGUAUUCACCCACUGCAAAGGCAAUAGUUUGUCCGAGGGAGACAUGCAAGAAACUGCUCUUUGCUUCUACCACAAGUGGGAAAAUGAUGAGAAGAGUACCUUGUGAGGUGUGCGGUUAUGUGAUGCGGAUCAUUAAGGAUCCGCAUGACCUUGUGUCAUCUAACAUUCACGUCUGCUCCCAGUGUGGAGAGAAAAAUCCUAUAGGACCUGCUCCUCCUGGAAAGAUGUACACGAGGUGUCCCUACUGCAAUGUUCUUCUCCAGCACAAAAACAGCUUCUCUGGACGUGUUCAAUGCCCAAAAGUGACAUGUAAAAAGAUGGUUGAGGUUGGCAACGGAGAAAAGCUCUCAGUGGAAUGCUCCACCUGUAAAAAGAAUAUUGUCUACUAUGGUGACAAAAAGGUUGUACUCUGUGGUCACUGUGGAAACACUUCGUUUGUUGGAAAGCCUCCCGCUGGGAAAAUAUAUAUUCGCUGCAAAAACUGCAAUGUUCUCCUUAUUGUUAACAAAGGUGCCACUGCAGCAAAGUGUCCUGUAAAGACUUGUGGAAAGGUGAUGGUGGUUUCAUCAAACUGAAGAGAGCGAGCGCAGUCCUUGGCUGAACUCUGGUGUCGAGAUCGCGGAAGGAAAGGUCUUGUGCGUCCGGAUUCUGAAUCAUGUCAAAGGUGAUACACGAGGCAGCCAAGGACUUUUUGUCCUUUGUGAAUCGGAGCCCCUCCCCCUACCAUGUGGUGGCUGAGAGUAAAAGAAUACUCGUUGCUGAAGGGUUCUCUGAACUAAAAAUGACUGACAGUUGGAAAGUGCAACCGUCUGGAAAGUAUUUUGUGAUCAACAACUAUUCCACAAUCAUCGCCUUUGCUGUUGGAGGACGCUACAAACCAGGAAAUGGAUUUACAAUCAUUGGAGCUCAUACAGACAGUCCUUGCUUCAGGGUUAAGCCCCGCAGCAUUCGAAAUGAAGCAGGUUAUAUUGGAGUUGGUGUGGAGACAUAUGGUGGAGGAAUCUGGCACACCUGGUUUGACCGUGAUCUGAAGCUAGCAGGCCGUGUUAUUCUGAAGAGUAACAGUGGUUUACUUCAUCGGCUGGUGCACAUUGAGUCACCCAUUCUGAGGAUACCUAACAUCUGUAUUCAUCUGGCUAGAGCUGACGUACACAAUGCUUUUGCUCCCAAUAAAGAAACCCAUACUGUCCCAGUACUGGCAACAGCUCUGCAACAGAAGUUGGAAGGAGAGCCAACCGCCCUCCCACAAGGAUGUCCAGCAUCCAACCAUCAAUCCCUUCUGAUAUCAUUGCUAAGCAAGAACUUGGAAUGUGCUCCUGCCCAGAUAAUGGACUUUGAACUCUACUUGUCAGAUACUCAGCCUGGUACUAUUGGAGGUGCUCUGGAGGAGUUUAUAUUUGCCCCACGAAUUGACAAUCAGCUAAACUGCUAUGCAGGGUUACAGGGUUUGCUGAAUGGAUUGGAUACACUGGUUGAUGACAGCAACGUUAGGAUGCUGGCUCUUUUCGACAACGAAGAGGUUGGGUCUGAAAGUGCUCAAGGUGCAAACUCAUGCUACUUGGAGUUUCUUUUGAGGAGGAUUAGUGCAGGUGGUGAGUCAAGUGUGGCUUUUGAAGAAUCCAUGCCUAAAUCAUUCCUCAUCAGCGCUGACCAGGCACAUGCUGUUCACCCGAAUUACGCGCACAAGCAUGAGAAAAACCAUCGACCAUUGUUUCAUAAAGGACCGGUGUUAAAGUUUAAUGGAAACCAGAGGUAUGCUACGACUGCUAUUACAGCUUCAAUGUUGAGGGAAGUGGCAGAAAAAUGCAAAAUACCUCUACAGGAAGUAGUUGUUGCGAAUGACAGUCCCUGUGGUAGUACCAUUGGUCCUAUGAUGUCUGCAAAGCUUGGAGUGAGGACUGUGGACAUAGGAGGACCUACACUCAGCAUGCACUCCAUUCGUGAAAUGUGCUGCACCUCAAGUGUCUACCAGUCCAUUAAGCUCUUUGAAGAAUUUUACAAGAGCUUCCCACAGGUUGAUCACAGUUUCACAGCUAUGUGAACAAAAAUAAUAUUCAUAACAAAAAUAUAAUGUAUAAUACAAGUUUCUUUACAACAGUCAUGAACAACAAUCACAAUUUUUUCUCAGCAUGCAAUAUCCACUGGCAGUUUUGAUUCAAUCUCUGCCAUUGUGAAAUGCUCCAGCUCUUCUGGUUUCUUCACCCACAUUCCAUACCCUUUUGUACGAAAGAGUUUGAACAGAGCAAUUUUUGCUUGUUGGUAGGCAAGAGAAGCUUUCUUUACAUCGCUGUAGGUUGCUUUUGGACCAGUCCCAUUUGCCUUCACGCAAUGGGAUGCAAAUGACGAGAACAAAGAGGCUUUACUAAUUCUUGGUACGCCAGGGCCUGGUUCCAGUCUUCCCGUCACUCCGUUUGUCAGUUCUGCUUUCUCAUCACCAAAUGCCCAGUUUAGACUCAAGGAGCUGGUCUUUUCAGUGUGGCGCUUCAGUUCAUCUCCCCCUUGUGCUCUUCCUAGUUUUGGAUGCCUGAGAGUAAAGGUGGCUGGUAGGCUGGAUUCAAUGUCCUUGGCUCUACAGCAGACUGCUCUAGACAGAUGCCCAUGGUGGUGGAGGGAGCCCAGUGUCAGAGAGCUCAUGUACAGGGGCUCCAUGAACUGACUCAGCAAGGCACCUUGAAGACCAAGCACAUUCCAUCUCAAAACCUUGUCACUGCAAGACAUGGUACGCAUGCGUUCUCCAUGUAAAAUCCCAUCCCAAGUUUGCUGGCAAUUUUCGCCCACUGGAACUGUUCCCUCACCAUCUUCAAUUUUUGUUCGCAAAAUGCCCUGCUUCUUGUUUUCAAUCGUAGGCAUAUGAGUAUUGUCUGCAGGCGGGACGCGGUUUUGGUCAUCUUCUCUAGAAAAGAGUCCACCGUCUCCACAUGGUGCAGUGCUGAUGUAGAGAUGGAACUUCAGUGCUUCACGGACCUUUACAAGUCCAACUGUGUCACUUGCAACAAACACUGUGCUUGUGUUGGUUAGUUUUGCAAGCAGCUCCUUGUAUAGAAAGCGCAUCAAUGAUCUUCUUGCAACAACCUCGGCGUGCGAAUCGUUUACUACCAGCCCUUUAGGGCUUGUCUUGUCACCAGCCACACACCGAGUACCACUUCCCAUAGAGACAACCUUCAUAUCAUUAGUAUUUGUGUCUUCCAUAAUGAAAGCUGCCAACACUUUUCUCCCUGGUUGUGGAGUUUGAAUACUCUGCUGCAGUUGCAACAACAUAGAGUGGCUCAUGGCAUGAAUGCGAUCAAGUUCGAGUGAUUGUGAUGUGGCUACUUGCCCCGGUAGUAAUGGUGCAGGUGGUGUUUGAACUGUACGAAUACUAGCCCUAAUAGAUUGCAGAGCUAAGUCAGCAGCUUUUCUUUUUGCAUCCUUCAAGUUUGAUGACUCUGCUUUAAAUUGGUUGUUUCCAAAAGUUGCAGCAACCACAAAUGUUUUUCUGUGAGAUGGACCAUGUUCUGCAAUAAGUGGAAAUGUGAGUGCUACUUGGUUGCUUUGGCAAUACUCAUUCAGUGCACUGACUGGGUUUCUGGUGAGAUCGCUAACAUAAGUGGCAGAAUUACUACUUGGUGGUACCUCUAGAGAUGCUAAAACCCACUGCUCUGGUGUUGUACCAAGACACCUCACUUUACCCUGUCUUUUGAGGUUUUCCAGUUGAGAGUUGACCUGCGAUCUUGUAGUGUUGAUCCCAAUUUCCCUAGCUACCUCCAAUGCAGUUAGGCCUGCUCCCGGCUUGGCUCCCAAGACAGCUAAAACCCGACUCUCAAAACUGUGUGUGUCUGUUUCCAUUGGCACCUCAGUAUUGUCACUGCUACCAGAAACUGCCCCUCUUCCCACAAUACUCCACUGUACAGGGAAAGUUGAUGACCCUUCCACCUUACCGUCUUCUUUGAGCUGUUCCAGAUGUGUCGUAAUAGCCUGACGCCCGACGUCACACCCAGUCAAUUUCAAAAGCUCUAAUGCCGUGUAGGACACACCAGGUUUACUACCAAGUACGACAAGAAGCCUCUGUGGAACAUUCUCUACAGGGAUGUGGGAAAGAUCUGAAGAUGUAUGCUGCAUUGGAAAUGAUGUCUGGGACUCUUGAACUGUAUUUUGAUGUUGCUGCCUGGAACACAGAAGGGUCCACUGGGGAGCUCCCUUGCUGUCAUCGCGUACUAUGAGACUGUCCUUCGCCAUAGCGUACAGGUAUGGAUUGACUUCUUUACGUGUACUGUAGCCAAUUGCUUUAGCAAUCUCCAGAGAUGUGCAAGACUUUCCCUUUCCUGACAGAAAUGCCAAAAUUUGCCCCUCAACUCCGCCAGCUGGUGAUGCACCUGGGCUAGAUCGAACCAUCUUUUGUUCACUGGACUGGCCUGAGGCUGAACCUGAGGCUGAACUUUGACUUAGUGACCACAUGGCGGGAAUAUCACCAACUCUGCGGAUCCUACCCUUCUUCUGAAGGUCAUAAAGCGUUGGGUUAAUGUCUUUCCUGGUUUUCAGUCCGACACUGUGGGACAACUCCAGGGCAGACAUUUGUCCGUUGGCCCCAGCAAGAACAUCCAGAACACGAUCACUCAGUGACCCUGACAUCGUACCUCGAGGCGCUGAGUACACCUGUGAGUCCACCUCGCCUGCAAAUCCACUGUUUUUCGGUCCUCUUCUCAAUCAGAAUUGUGACGACACAGAUCUCUG